AUGUGGCUUUCUGAAUCUCAGAAAUUUGGCGUUGCGUUCACGUUUGGUGGGUUUUUGUCGUUUUUGUUUGGGGUGUUGACGUUUUUUGACCGCGCUUUGCUUGCGCUUGGUAACAUUUUAUUCAUCAUAGGGCUACUACUCAUUAUAGGUCCUCACAAGACUUACAACUUUUUCACACGGCCUAACAAGCGGAGGGGGUCAUUUUUUUUCUCUUUGGGAGUUUUGAUGAUCUUAUUCAAAUGGACAUUUAUUGGCUUUUUGAUUGAAUCUCUGGGAAUAAUUGGAUUGUUCGGAGACUUCUUUGCCGUGGUCGUACAAUUCCUCAGAUCACUGCCUGUGAUCGGGCCCCUGUUGUCGCAUCCAUCGGUCGCCCCAUACGUUGACAGACUUGCCGGCGUACGGGUAUUACCAGUUUAA